CUCGCACAUGCAUAAAAAAAUCAAAAUCUUUUGAGGCUGCGGACCAAGCAGUUACUGCCACCAUUUUUCUGUACCCUUCUUCUUCCUCAUAGAUCCCAACAUCCCAUGAGGCUCUGAGGAAGAGCGCCAUUAGCUCAUAAGAAAGCUCGGUUAAAGAAGAUCAGGAUGAGAAGCGUGAAUCCUCAGCAAGAAGAUUACCCAGAUUUUGUGGAGUUUGAUCCCAGCGGAAGAUAUGGAAGGUACAGCGAAAUUCUCGGCAAGGGAGCUUCAAAAACUGUAUUUAGGGCCUUUGAUGAAUAUGAAGGGAUUGAGGUUGCUUGGAACCAGGUUAAACUUCAUGAUUUCCUUCAGAGUCCACAGGAUUUGGAGAGGCUUUACUGCGAGAUUCACCUUCUGAAAACCCUGAAGCACAAGAACAUUAUGAAGUUCUAUACUUCAUGGGUUGACAGAACCAAAAGAAACAUAAAUUUUAUUACCGAGCUGUUCACAUCUGGAACUCUUAGGCAGUAUAGGUUGAGAUACAGGAAUGUGAAUCUCCGGGCAGUGAAGCAUUGGUGCAGGCAAAUUCUGAUGGGGCUUGUCUACCUCCAUAGCCAUGAUCCUCCUGUGAUUCACAGGGAUCUGAAAUGCGAUAAUAUCUUCAUCAAUGGUAACCAGGGAGAGGUUAAGAUAGGUGAUCUCGGCCUCGCUGCGAUUCUCCGUAAGUCCAGAGCUGUCCAUUGUGUUGGGACUCCUGAGUUUAUGGCUCCUGAGGUUUAUGAGGAAGAAUACAAUGAAUUGGUGGAUAUUUACUCUUUUGGAAUGUGUGUCUUGGAGAUGGUUACCUUUGAUUAUCCUUAUAGUGAAUGCACACAUCCUGCUCAGAUCUAUAAGAAAAUUAUUUCGGGAACAAAACCAGAGGCUUUAUAUCGAGUCAUGGAUCCAGAGGUGAGGCGAUUUGUGGAGAAAUGCUUGGUCGCCGCAUCACAGAGAUUGCCUGCCUCAGAGCUUUUGAAAGACCCUUUCCUCCAUAUCGAUGGCCUUCAUCCCGUGCUCGACAAUGGAGAUAUCGUCGAAAUUGGACAUAUAUUUCCUCCACUUUCUGUUACUUGCCAGCGUAGCAAUGGCUCAUUCAUUAACAACUGUUUUUCGAACCUCCUUUGCGACGAACCAGGCUUGAAGAGCAGGUUGGAUUACAUUGAUGAUGAUCUAGAAAUCCAUAGUAUGGAACUUUUCAGUAAUCAUGAGGAGGAACAUUUUGGUGAUGUGGAUAUUGCCAUUAAAGGAAGAAGGAAAGAAGACGGAGGAGUGUUUCUUAGGCUCAGAAUUACAGAUAGAAAUGGGCAUGUGAGGAACAUCUACUUCCCUUUCGACGUCAAAGCCGAUACUGCUCUAAACGUUGCGGACGAAAUGGUCUCUGAAUUAGGCAUUACUGACUAUGGUGUAACAAGGAUAGCGGAAAUGAUUGACGGCGAGCUCUCAACUUUGGUUCCUGGCUGGAAGACGAGUGAGUCCCUAAGUUUCCUUUCGAAGAACCAAUGCGAGCAUUGCACAUCCGAUGUUUUCUCAUGCAAUUCACCUCUCGACUUUCUCUCUUCAAAAGGUCAUGGCUAUGAGAAUCUUCGGCCGCAUUACGGUCGAUUCGAAGAGAUUACUUACGAAGAGGACGGGUCGAAGGGAGCUCCGGCUCCGGCGAUGACGACCUCUAGUAGUCACUCGGAUGGACUUAAUUCACGUGGAGAGGCAUCAAGAGGAUUUCUUUUUAAUGAAGAAGGUGAUCACUUGUGUUCUUCUUGCUAUACUGAUGAAGAGAUUGGUGGUGGGAAGAAAACAUCAGAUGAAUUAUGUGAUCCAUAUGUGAAGUAUGAGAACAGACAUCAUGAAUGUGCAUCAAGUGAGGCAGAUGAAGAUGGAAGUGAGAACCGGCAUGAACUCAGCGAGUCAAAGGAGGUUCUUCGUCUCGCAGAUGUGGAAGACGGCUUGAGUUGUAGUUCGUUGCCAAGAUCGAAAAUGGGGACGGUAAAGUCUUCUCAUUUCGCAAAUAAUCUCAGAUUUCACAUUCCUUCUGAUGAUCGAGCCCCUGCUCUCAAAGUUAACUUAAAUUUCAACAAUUUCUUCGCCAUCUCCGAGCCGAUGGUGACAUCGAAGAGCUUUUACACUGGAAACAUUCUACCUUCUCCUAUAUUAAGAACCAAAUCUCUACCAGUUGAUGCAGUGGAUGUUUGAGGUUGUCGUAUCCCACCUCAUUUUAUUCCAAAAAAAAAAAAAAAAAA